AAACAGCAUACAGUUCGAAGUAGAUUCGGUACGAACGUGUUCGCGUGGCCGCUGCGCGCUGUAAAAGAAAGAGACUGUUCUAAGUGUAAUAUUGGGGACUUGGGAAAAAAAAAUAUCAUUUUGUACCAUCGCGCACUAAAUGCAGAGGCACAAGUAGCACUUGCAGUCGUGUGCAACGGCUUUUGAAAACUAAUAUAUAUUAACUACAACAUAUAGAGGUGUAGAAAAGAAUAUAAAAAAAGUGAAGUUGGGAAAAAGCCGUGAGCGCCGCACUGCCAACUGAGAAAUUGUGCAAAAUGAGUGGGGAUGUGGCUGCUGAAAAUAAUGUACACGUGCAAAAUGGCGGCAGCUGCGAAGUGCAAUCGAAUGGUGUAACCACAAACGGACACCAUCACCAUCACCAUCAUCAUCAUAGCAGCAGCAACAGCAAUAGCAAUAGCAACAGCAACAGCGGAGGCAACAGCAGCAGUAAACACAAAUCAUCCAGCAAGGAUAAGCAUCGUGAUAAGGAGCGCAGCGAGCACAAGAGCUCUAGCUCAUCAAGGGAACAUAAAAGCAGCAGUAGCAGCAGUCGCGAUAAGGAUAAGCAUAAAAGUAGUAGUAGUAGCUCAUCGAGUGGCAAGGACAAGCAUCGGGAUAAGGAGCGCGACAGCAGUAACUCACAUCGCAGCUCAUCGUCGUCGUCUUCCAGUCAUCGCGAUAAGGACGGCAAGCACAAGUCUUCGUCUAGCCAUCAUCAUCAUAAGAGCGGCAGCAGCAGCUCAUCCUCUAAGGACAGAGAUCGUCGCGACAAAGAUCGCAGCAGUAGCAGCAGUUCUUCCAGUCGGGACAAGCACAAGUCUUCGUCGUCGUCGAGCUCACGCCACAAGGGGUCAUCGUCUUCAUCAUCAUCGAAAAGCAAACAUUCCAGUUCAAGUUCUCGACAUGGCUCAUCCACGAAAGAUCCCUCCUAUGAUGGUGUAUUCGUUAAGCCAGAGCCCGUCUCACAACCACACACGAAUGACCAUGAUGAUCCCCUACUGCAGUUGCAACAGCUGCAGCAACUCCAGCAACAGCAGCAUCUCCAGCAACAGCAGCAGCUCCAACAACAGCAGCAACUGCAGCAACAGCAGCAACUGCAGCAACAGCAGCAACUGCAGCAACAGCAACAACAGCAGCAACUGCAGCAACAGCAACAGUUGCAAUUGCAACAGCAACAUCUGCAGCAGCUCCAACAGCAAUCUGAAUGCAAUGGCUAUAAGAAUGGCUACGAGGAGCACAUUAUGGAUGUUAAAAAGGAAGAGGAUAACUUUGACUUGUCGCAGGCCAGCUCCUGUGACUACUCCAUGUCGCAGUUUAGAGCCGAUGAGCCAUCGUUUGUGGCCAAACAGGAGGCAACCUAUACGGAGGAUGAUAGCGCCUUAAACGAUGAUGAUGACGACUACGAUAAUGACAAUGAUAAUGAUAAUAACGAUGAUGACGAGGAUAUGCCAUUGGCAAUGCGUAAGCGUAAACAAGAACCCUCCGAUGAAAUGGACGGCGCUGAAGAUGACGAUGAUGACAUUCCGUUGCUUGCGCGUAAGAAGAUCAAAAAAGAAGCAAAGGACAAGAAAAACAAAAAGAAACGACCAAAGGAGGAGCUCGAUGACGAAUACGGCAGUGCCAAACCCAAAAAGAAAAAGGUCAAAAAGGAGAAUGAGAUCAAAGCGGAGCCUGUUUCCCCAACCAAGCGUUCGCGCAAGGACAAAAAGGAUGAAGAGGAGGAAGUGUGGAGAUGGUGGGAGGAGGAGAAGCGCGAAGAUGGUGUCAAGUGGACAACGCUUGAGCAUAAAGGCCCCGUAUUCGCGCCGCCCUAUGAGCGCAUGCCCCGCAACGUACGCUUUUAUUAUGAUGGCAAGCCGCUGGAGCUCAGCGAGGAGACCGAAGAGGCGGCCACAUUUUAUGCAAAGAUGUUGAAUCACGACUAUUGCACCAAGGACGUAUUCAAUAAUAAUUUCUUUAAGGAUUUCCGCAAGUCUAUGACACCCAAGGAGAAGGAAAUUAUUAAAGAUUUUCGCAAAUGCAAUUUCCAAGAAAUGCAUCAAUUCUUUUUGGCUGAAUCUGAAAAACGCAAAGCAGCCACCAAAGAGGAGAAGCUCGCCAAGAAGAAUGAAAACGAAGCGUUAAUCAAGGAGUACGGUUUCUGUAUGAUCGAUGGUCACAAAGAGAAGAUUGGUAACUUCCGGCUGGAGCCCCCGGGUCUGUUUCGCGGCCGCGGCGAGCAUCCAAAAAUGGGCAUGAUCAAGCGUCGCAUUGCGGCCGCCGAUGUGUCCAUUAAUUGUGGUAAGCAAUCGAAGGUGCCACAGCCACCGCCUGGUGAGCGCUGGAAGGAGGUGCGUCACGACAAUACCGUCACUUGGCUGGCUUCCUGGACAGAAAAUGUACAGGGUCAGGUGAAAUACAUUAUGCUGAAUCCAUCGUCUAAGCUAAAGGGCGAAAAGGAUCAUAUUAAAUACGAGACAGCCCGCAGGCUAGAUAAGUUUAUUGACAAAAUACGCGCCACAUACCGCGACGAAUGGAAGUCCAAGGAGAUGCGUGUGCGGCAGCGUGCCGUCGCUCUCUAUUUUAUUGAUAAGCUCGCACUGAGAGCGGGCAAUGAAAAGGACGAGGAUCAAGCCGACACCGUCGGUUGCUGUUCGUUGCGUGUUGAGCAUGUGCAGCUGCACAAGGAGCUCAACGGCAAGGAGAAUGUUGUCGUAUUUGAUUUCCCUGGUAAGGAUUCCAUACGCUAUUACAACGAGGUCGAGGUCGAGAAGCGUGUCUUCAAAAAUCUGGAACUGUUUAUGGAAAACAAAAAGGAUGGCGAUGAUCUCUUCGAUCGUCUCAAUACCCAAGUGCUAAAUGAGCAUCUCAAAGAGUUGAUGGAUGGACUCACGGCUAAAGUAUUUCGCACAUAUAACGCAUCGAAAACGCUGCAAAACCAAUUGGAUCUGCUUACCGAUAGCAACGCAUCGGUUGCCGAGAAGCUGCUGACAUAUAAUCGCGCCAAUCGUGCAGUCGCCAUUCUCUGUAACCAUCAGCGUUCGGUGCCCAAGGGCCAUCAGAAGUCGAUGGAGAAUCUAAAGGAGAAGAUACGCGCCAAGCGCGAUGCCAUUGAUGACUGCGAGGCCGAAUAUCAUGAUCUAAAGAAGGCGGCCAAGCGUGGUUCUGUGAAGGAAAGGGUUAUUGCUGAUAAGAAGGGUAAAAUACUGGAACGUUUAAAGGAUCAACUGAAAAAAUUAGAACUACAAGAGACUGAUAGAGACGAGAAUAAGACCAUUGCCCUGGGCACAUCCAAACUAAAUUAUCUCGAUCCACGCAUCACGGUUGCCUGGUGUAAAAAGUACGGCGUGCCGAUUGAGAAGAUCUUUAAUAAAACGCAUAGAACCAAAUUUCUCUGGGCCAUUCACAUGGCCGAUGAGAAUUAUCGUUUUUAAACAAUUGUUUUUUAACACAACCAAGGAAAUAUAUAUACACACACACACUCACACGCACACAGCGCGGGAGGAGGCAGCAGUUAAAAGCGGCGAAGACCAACUCAAUCAAACACACACACACAAACACACACCCCACCAACAGCAAAAACAACAAUAACAACAUCAUCAGUACCAACAUAAAUAAACUCAACCAGAUACACAGACACACACACAUACACACACGGCGACCAAUCAGUGCAGCCAAAAGGCGCCACCUUGUCGUCGGAAUGAUGAUGAUCAAGUAACAUCUUCCUCGGAUCGGCAAACCUCUUGAACGGUUUAUGCAAAACUAUUAUGCAUACACACACACCACACACACACACACAAACAACACAGCGAAUGAGAGAGAAUUAUAUAUAUAUAUACAUAAUUCAUGUGAAUUAUUGGUAGCUUUUGUUUUGGUUGCACACAAUAUAUAAUUAUAUGUAUAUAUAUAUAUGUAUAUGUAUUAUAUAUUUUAAUAAUUUUAAUAAUUCAAGUGUUGCGCACUACGCUGAAGUUUAACUUAGCAGCAAUGUAGUGGCGGGCGCUUGCUAACUGUACUCAACUCAACACGCCACAACUCAACACACAACAACACACCACACCACAACACACCACACCAGACAAAAUAAAAGUAAAUAAAUAAAGAAAAAACACAUAAACCGCGCAUACACACGCCCGUACAUAGACUUAUGUAUGAUAAGUGUGCGUGUGUGUGUGUGCGUGCGUGUGUAAGCGCCGCCGGAGAACAUAAUUUUUGUAUGUUAUAUACCUAUAUCUUAUAAAAUCAAUUAUUUUGAUAGGUUAUUAUUAAAAUUAUUAUUAUUUUUAUUACUAUAAAAUAAUUUUUAUUAUUAUUAUUUUUUUUUUUUUUGUAAAAUUUACUGUAUGAAAAGAAUACAUUUUAUGUUUAUACUUAUAGUUGAUCUUCGUUUAGCAAAAAGUUUAUACCUACAAUUUAUAAUAAAAUUUAUAAAAACAUACAUAUUAAGUGCUAAGUGAAGAGAAACCUUGUAGCCCACUUUUAGCAUAGAAUAAUUUAUUCGAUUAGAGCAGCGAAGCGAAAACAGAUAAAGAGGAACACGAAACAAUACGAACGAAGAGAGAGAGAGAGAGAGAGAGAGAGAAAUAAAAUCAAGUUUAUAUAUACUAUGUAAUUACGUUGUAAUUGUGCACAACAUCAUGCCCUACAUCCAUAAAUUAAAUGUAUACCCUAUAUACAUAUACAUAUAUAUAUAUAUUUUUUAAAACUCUUUGUUUUUUUUAUCUGUUGUUCUUUAAGUUAAGAAGGCCGCGUGUUUUCACUUUGUUUAAGCAAAUAAUCCAAAAUUUUGUUCCUCUUUUGCUUUUGUACAGAAAUUGUAACAGAAAAUGUUGAAUACUUUUUUUUAGUUUUUUUUUUGUAGUUUUUAUUUAUCACAAAUAAACAGACCGGAAGCACUUUCACACAUA